UCCAUUUCUGCAAAAAUUCAUCUCAUCACAUUCCUUAAGAAAAAAAAAAUGCAAACUUUUCUUCCAAUUUCGUCCUCUCCUUCAAUUUCCCCUUUCCACCACCACCACCACUAUCCAAUUCCACCGCCAACUGCAACCGCGCCGCCGUACCUUCCUUCUCUCAAGAACCUCACGGCGAGCUCUACCACCACAGCCGCCAGAGCUUCUGGCUACCUGUCCUCCCUCAGCCGCGCAAUUGACGAGGAAGAAGAGUACCGAAAGGCCCGCUCCGCUGUCCUCCGCCGAGGCGUCGACUUGGAAGGAUACACUAUCGAGGGCAUCUCCGUCGGCGGCCACGAGACAUGCGUCAUAAUCCCGGAAUUGAAGUGCGCUUUCGACAUUGGGAGGUGUCCUGCUCGAGCUAUUCAACAGAACUUCGUGUUCAUCACCCAUGGACAUCUUGAUCACAUCGGAGGAUUACCAAUGUAUGUAGCCAGCCGGGGUCUGUACAACUUGAAACCUCCAACCAUAUUUGUGCCUCCUUCCUUGAAAGACGAUGUCGAGAAGCUCUUCGACAUUCACAGGUCAAUGGGCCAAGUCGAACUCAACAUGGAGCUAGUUGCCUUGGAUAUUGGUGAAACUUAUGAACUGCGUAAUGACAUUGUGGUCAGGCCAUUUAGAACUCAGCAUGUAAUCCCCAGCCAGGGGUAUGUGGUGUACUCGCUUAGGAAGAAGCUAAAGAAGCAGUAUAGCCAUUUGAAAGGGAAACAGAUUGAGAAGCUGAAGAAAUCUGGAGUAGAGAUCACAGACAUCAUAAUGUCGCCCGAGGUUGCCUUCACUGGAGAUACCACUGCAGACUACAUGCUUGAUCCACGUAAUGCAGAUGCUUUGAGAGCCAAAGUUUUGAUAACCGAGGCGACUUUCUUGGACGAAGGGUUUAGUGUCGAUCAUGCUCAACAACACGGUCAUACCCAUUUGUUUGAGAUCAUUGAGAAUGCCGAAUGGAUUAGGAGCAGAGUGGUGAUGUUGACUCAUUUUUCAUCUCGUUAUAGCAUAGAGGAUAUUCGUGCCGCUGCCAUGAAGUUGCAGUCCAAAGUUUCGGCGAAGGUGGUUCCUUUGACAGAAGGUUACAAGUCGGUUCAUACAUAGUAUUUGUAUGCUAAGAAGCAGUAUUUCUGGGUAAUACUGUACAAAACUUGAAAGAGAACCUUAACAUCUGCAAAACUCGGUAUAAGAUGGUUCUAUGAAAAUGUCAACAAUGCUACAA